GGCGGACCCUGAACGCUGCAGUCCAUCCAGAGCUCCAUUCAAAGUGCUGAGACCCAGACGAGAGCCACGUUCUGCCUCCUCCGGCACCGCGGACACGAGUUAGAGUAAACAGCGGCUGCGGCGGAGGGGAAAGGGGGCUUCAGGAGCCACUUGGAGAACAUACCUUCUGGGAAAUCCUACUUUUUUUUUUGUUUUUUUACUUGUUGUCCGUGGAGUGGAUUUAGGACGAGAGGGGAGCAACUCUUUGCAGAGAUAAAGAGGGGGGGACACCUGCAGCCAAAAUGGAGGUGAAAACGUCACUUCUAGACAACAUGAUUGGGGUCGGCGACAUGGUCCUCCUAGAGCCCCUGUCCGAGGACUCCUUCAUCGAGAACCUGAGGAAGCGCUUUGACCACAAUGAGAUCUACACAUACAUUGGCAGUGUGGUGAUCUCCAUGAACCCCUACAGGUCCCUGCCCAUCUUCACGCCAGAAAAAGUGGAGGAGUAUCGCAACAGGAACUUCUAUGAACUAAGUCCCCACAUCUAUGCUUUGGCAGAUGAGGCCUACCGUUCACUGAGGGACCAGGACAAGGACCAGUGCAUCCUCAUCACAGGGGAGAGCGGGGCUGGGAAAACCGAGGCCAGUAAGCUGGUGAUGUCAUACGUGGCAGCGGUGUGUGGGAAGGGCCAGGAGGUCAAUAAGGUCAAGGAACAGCUGCUGCAGUCCAAUCCCGUGCUGGAGGCCUUUGGAAAUGCCAAAACAGUGAGGAAUGACAACUCCUCCAGAUUUGGAAAGUACAUGGACAUUGAGUUUGACUUCAAAGGAGAUCCUCUGGGUGGAGUCAUCAGCAACUAUCUGCUGGAGAAGUCACGUGUGGUGAAACAGCCGCGAGGAGAGAGGAACUUCCACAUCUUUUAUCAGCUCUUGUCUGGAGCCUCCGAUGACACACUCAAGAAGCUGAAGCUGGAUCGAGACUUCAGCAAGUACAACUACCUGAGCCUGGACUCCGCCGCGGUCAACGGGCUGGAUGAUGCGGCCAACUUCAGGACAGUCAGAAAUGCCAUGCAGAUUGUGGGCUUCAUGGAGGACGAGGUGCAGUCGGUGCUGGAGCUGGUGGCGGCCGUGCUGAAGCUCGGCAACCUCGAGUUCAAGCCAGAGUCGCGCUGUAACGGCACCGACGAGAGCCGCAUCAAAGACAAAAACGAUUUGAAAGAGAUGUGUGAGCUGCUGGGGACCGAGCAGUCGGUGCUGGAAAGGGCGUUCAGCUACCGCACGGUGGAGGCGAAGCAGGAGAAAGUGUCUACUACCCUGAAUGUGGCCCAGGCCUACUAUGCCCGAGACGCCCUUGCCAAAAAUCUCUACAGUCGUCUGUUUAGCUGGCUAGUUACCAGGAUCAACGGAAGCAUUAAAGCACAACCUAAAGCUCGCCACAAGGUCAUGGGUGUGCUCGACAUCUAUGGCUUUGAGAUAUUUGAGGACAACAGCUUUGAGCAGUUCAUCAUCAACUACUGCAACGAGAAGCUGCAGCAGAUCUUUAUCGAACUGACGCUGCGUGAGGAGCAGGAGGAGUACAUCAGAGAAGGCAUCGAGUGGACCAACGUUGAAUAUUUCAACAACGCUAUUAUCUGCGACCUCAUUGAGAAUCACCAAAAUGGCAUCUUGGCCAUGUUGGACGAGGAGUGCCUGCGGCCGGGGACAGUCACCGACGAGACCUUCCUGGACAAACUGAACACCAUCUGCGCCGAACACCAGCACUUUGAGAGUCGCCGCAGCAAGAAUUCAAAGUUCCUCACGGACCACAGCCUGCCACACAAUUGCUUCCGCAUUCAGCACUACGCCGGCAAGGUGCUGUAUCGGGCCGAGGGUUUUGUAGACAAGAACAACGACCUCUUGUACCGGGACCUGUCACAGGCCAUGUACAAGGCCAACCACAGCCUCAUCAAACAGCUGUUCCCCGAUGGCAACCCAGCCAAAGUCAACCUGAAGAGACCGCCGACUGCUGGGUUCCAGUUCAGAGCAUCGGUGGGGACGCUGAUGAGGAACCUGCAGACCAAGAACCCAAACUACAUCCGGUGCAUCAAGCCCAAUGACAAGAAGGCCUCCCACAUCUUCACCGAGUCUCUGGUCUGCCAUCAGGUGCGCUACCUGGGCCUGAUGGAGAACGUCCGUGUGAGGAGAGCGGGCUACGCCUUCCGCCAGGCCUACGAGCCGUGCCUGGAGCGCUACAAAAUGCUCUGCAAACGGACCUGGCCCCAUUGGAGAGGGCCUGCCAGGGAAGGAGUGGAGGUGCUGAUGGUCGACCUCCAGGUCCCACUUGACGAGUUCUCCUACGGCCGCUCCAAGAUCUUCAUCAGGAACCCAAGAAUGCUCUUCUCCCUGGAGGAGAGGAGGAGGCAAUGCCUGCAAGACCUGGCCGCACUUAUUCAGAAGAUCUACCGUGGCUGGAAGUGCCGCAGCCACUUCCUGCUGCUGAAGAAGAGUCAGAUAGUGGUGUCAGCAUGGUACCGCCGAUAUGCGCAACAAAAGAAAUACCAGAAGAUCAAGACCGCCACCACUGUGAUGCAGUCCUACACCAGAGGAUGGCAGGCCCGCAAACUACUGAGAGAGCUGAAAUAUCAGAAGAGAUGUAAAGAGGCAGUGACCACCAUCGCAGCCUUCUGGCACGGCACCCAGGCUCGGAUGGAGCUGAGGCGUCUAAAACAAGAAGCGCGGAAUAAACACGCUGUGACAGUAAUUUGGGCAUACUGGCAGGGAACCAAGGCUCGCAGGGAGCUGAGGAGACUGAAGGAAGAGGCCAGGCGUAAGCAUGCUGUCGCUGUGAUUUGGGCCUACUGGCAGGGACUCAAGGUACGCAGAGAGUACAGAAAAUUCUUCAGGGCAAAUGCAGGCAAGAAGAUCUAUGACUUCACCAUCCAGAGAAUUAUGCAAAAAUACUUCCUGGGCCUGAAGCGCACCACACCCUCCAUGUCACCCAUAGACAAGAGCUGGCCUGCCAGGCCUUACCUCUUUAUGGAUGGAGUCCACUCAGAGCUGCGGAGAAUCUUCAAUCACUGGAGGUGCAAGAAAUACAGGAGCCAAUUCACAGAGGAGAAGAAGGCAGUUUAUGAGGAGAAGCUGGAGGCCAGUGAGAUCUUCAAAGAUAAAAAGGCUCUCUACCCGAGCAGCGUGAGCCAGCCCUUCAAAGGAGACUACCUGGAGAUCAGCAAGAACCCUAAAUAUCAGAAACUCAACAGCGCCGUGGAUGAGAAGGUUCUGCUGGCUGACGUGGUCAACAAGAUCAACAGGGCCAAUGGCAAGGGCACGGCUCGAAUCUUCCUGCUGACUAAGAAGAGCUUCGUCCUGGCUGACCAGAAGACCGGCCAGGUGAAGGCCAGCGUCCCUCUGCCAGACCUCACCAGCGUGUCCGUCAGCACGCAGAGUGACGGCUUCUUUGCUCUCAAACUCAAAGAGGGGUCGGCCUCAGCCACCAAAGGAGACUUCUUACUCAGCAGUGAACAUCUGAUCGAGAUCAUCACCAAACUCCACCGCACCGGGGCCACGGCUGCAGACAGCGAGCAGCUCAACAUCGACAUCUCAGACGAGUUUCUGGUGCAGUUCAAGCAGGACAAAGUGUGCGUGAAAUUCGUCCAGGGAGCGACCAAGAACGGCAACAGCGUGUCCUGCAAGCGCAAGAACAACCGCCUGCUGGAGGUGUCGGUGCCCACAACAGCGUAAUGGAGCUCUCCCCCGCAAGACUGAGGGGCGUCUGAACACCGAAACCACCACCCACUCCGAACCUCCGGUCACAAGAACCAUCACCCCAGUGCCCACCCUGAGCCUCGGAAUGACAGUGCAGUUAUUUGGCUUGUUGUGGCGUUGUUUUUUCCCCCUUCAGUCUCUUCUUAUCCGAUUUACUCUGGCACCACUAUAGCUGUAAUCAUGUGCCACUUUUUUUGGGCAAAGAAAACCCUUAUCUGGGUUGCAUGCCACAGAAGUUUGGUCAAAUAUUUCACUGGUGUUUUGUAAAACUGGGGUAAAGAGUUGAAAAUGGAUGAAAGAAAUAUCGCUAGAAACUUCUGUAUACCAGUGUCAAUGUUGAUAAUGAUUGUUCUGCCUGUAUGUUGAAUUAUUCUUCGGAGGAAAAUGUCAUUAUAAGAACUUUGAGACAAGCUCGUGCCUCAACUGGCCUUGACUCAUCCAUUUUUAAGCAGCUCUGUCUUUAAGCAGAUGGCUUAGAAUGUGAGAUGAACUGGGAACUUUUGGGCUCGGGCUGUCAGAUUUAGAUUCUCUGAAGAUACUUAAAUACUGCACUUGUCUUCACCUCGGUGUAACCAAAAAGAGGAUGAGCUGAAAAAAGAUUUUGAUUGUACGUCGUUUUAUUUUCUAUAUAUAUAUAUAAAUAUAUUUUCUCUGAAACAAAGAACAGUGGGGCAGUUGAGAAGUCAAAUGUAAUUUGCUAGAUAAUUGUAAAACCACUUUUGUAUCCUCCUGUAUGUGCCAUUGAACAGGUCACAUGACUUGUCACGUGUCUGUGUACAAAUACAAACAGAGGAAAAAACCACACAGGCGAUGGACCCUGUUCUUCACAACAUCCCUGCCAAAAAUGAUUUGAAGAGGGGGAUCUCAUCUUAUCGACCUGUGAUGGCAAUUUCUUGUAAGUUUUGACAGCACCACACAUGUGAUCAACUUCAAUUCCUCCACAAGCACAAUACAAUUAGUAAUCAUCUUCAAGCUUUAUUUCAUCUUUCAAAGAGUCAUUGUAAACAGACUUCACAUCCUCAUAGGUUGUCAUGUAGGAGUCAGAGGAGGCAGACAAUUCAGACAUAUUGUUGGAAGGAAAAGUACUCAACCACGAGAAGGGGAAGGUUAUCUACCCGUCAUAAUGUCUUCACCAGAUCCAAAUCGUUCUCUGGUGCAAAGCCAAAUCCCUUUCUAUUGAUCUUUUUCUGUUGUGUGCAAUAAAUUAAAAAUGCUUCGU